CACUCUUCAUCCGCAGCAUUCACGUUCUAUCUACACAAUCACUCAAACCCUAGCCCCCCUUUCUCUCUCUCAUCCGCAGCCGUUAGGUUUCCGUCAAUUCUCCCUCUCUCUCUCGCCUUCCUUUUCUCACCCCUCUCUCCAUCCAAUUCCUCCAAUUCUGCAUGGUGGGAUCCGCUUUCGAGAAUUAGAUUUGUUUGGUUUUCCGGUUCGGUGAAUUCGUUUCCGAGCUUGAUUUUCCCAAUUUCCGCUUCUUCUGAGGGGUAGGCGUGGGGAUUCCGGUGCCGUGUAACCGUGCCUUCGGUCACCGUUUUGUGAUUCAGAUCCCUUUUUGCUUCUUUUGAGGGGGUAGCCGGGGCUCCGGCCUCGGCGGGUUUUAAAGCCCCUAUCUGUUACGACCUCAUUCAUUUCCGAUAUUUUCCCCACCGUAACCUAAUCAAAUUCGAUUCAAAAUAUUUUUUGAUUCUUUUUUUACCUUUUUCCAUUUCCCAAUCAAAUUUCUAGAGAUGCCUGCCCUCGCUUGCUGUGUUGACGCCUCCGUUUCCUCUCUUCCCUACGCAUUCGCCAGCUGGGAUAGCACUCUCCCCCAGAUUCCGCCUCCACCGACUGCCCCCUCCGCCGCCACGGCACCCUGGACGCCCGACCACUCGGCGCUGCUCUACCGUGUGGACGGAUGGGGCGCGCCCUACUUCACGGUCAAUUCUAAUGGCGACGUUUCUGUCCGUCCCCAUGGCGCCAGCACCCUGUCCCACCAGGAAAUCGAUCUUUUCAAGGUCGUUAAGAAGGCCUCCGAUCUGAAGAGUUCGGGAGGGCUCGGGCUUCAGCUGCCCCUCAUUGUCCGCUUCCCCGACAUACUCAAGGAUCGCCUUGAAUCUCUCCAAUCUGCUUUUGAUUUCGCGAUCCAGUCUCAAGGCUACGAGGCUCAUUACCAGGGCGUCUACCCUGUGAAAUGCAAUCAGGAUAAGUUUGUUGUCGAGGAUAUUGUCAAGUUUGGCUCCGGUUUCCGCUUCGGGCUCGAAGCUGGCUCCAAGCCGGAGCUUCUUCUGGCCAUGAGCUCCCUCUGUAACGGAAGCCCUGAGGCGCUGUUGGUGUGCAACGGAUUUAAGGAUGUCGAGUACAUAGCUCUGGCAUUGCUUGCGAGGAAGCUGCAUCUGAAUACUGUUAUUGUGCUUGAGCAAGAGGAAGAGCUUGAUAUUGUGAUCGAUGUGAGCAAGAAACUCGGUGUUCGGCCUGUGAUUGGGCUCCGGGCUAAGCUGAGGACUAAGCAUUCUGGUCAUUUUGGUUCUACAUCUGGUGAGAAAGGGAAAUUUGGUCUAACAACAACGCAGAUUCUCCGUGUUGUUAAGAAACUGGAGCAGAACGAAAUGCUUGAUUGUAUGCAGCUGCUGCAUUUCCAUAUUGGAUCCCAAAUCCCGUCCACGGCAUUGCUAGCUGAUGGUGUUGGUGAAGCUGCGCAGAUCUAUAGCGAAUUGGUUCGCCUUGGUGCCUGUAUGAGAGUGAUUGAUAUUGGCGGAGGGCUUGGAAUCGAUUAUGACGGCUCAAAGUCUCCCAAUUCUGAUGUUUCUGUCAGCUACACCCUUGAAGAGUAUGCUUCUGCCGUUGUUGGGGCGGUGAGGUUGGUGUGUGACCGCAAGGGCAUCAAGCAUCCGAUUAUUUGCAGUGAAAGCGGCCGUGCAAUUGUCUCCCACCACUCAAUUUUGGUGUUUGAAGCUGUUUCUGCAAGCUCUCACGAUUCUCCGCAGUUCCAGUCUCCUCUUGGGAUUGAGUAUUUUGAGGAGCAGUUGUCUGAUGAUGCUCGUGCUGAUUACCGAAAUUUGUGUGCAGCUGGUGUUCGUGGUGAAUAUGAGAAUUGUUUGCUUUAUGCAGAGCAGCUGAAACAGAGGUGUGUUGAGCAGUUCAAAGAAGGGUCUUUGAAUAUGGAACAGCUUGCUGAGGUUGAUGGCUUUUGUGAAUUGGUGUCGAAAGCUAUUGGUCUUUCUGAUGACCCUGUUCGGACAUACCAUAUGAAUCUGUCUGUUUUUACCUCAAUUCCUGAUUUUUGGGGCUUUGGCCAGUUGUUCCCUCUGAUUCCUAUCCACAGGCUGGAUGAGAAGCCUGUAGUUAGAGGGAUUCUGUCCGACCUGACCUGCGACAGUGAUGGGAAGAUUGACAAGUUCAUUGGUGGAGAAUCAAGCUUGCCUCUGCACAAAUUGGAUGCGAACGGCAGUGGGAAUGGUGAUCGGGCGGCUUAUUAUCUAGGGAUGUUCUUGGGUGGUGCUUAUGAAGAGGCGCUGGGUGGUGUUCACAACCUGUUUGGUGGCCCAAGUGUUGUACGCGUGUCGCAGAGCAACAGCCCCCACGGCUUUGCUGUGACGCGUGCUGUGCCAGGCCCGACUUGUGGAGAUGUGCUACGAGUGAUGCAGUAUGAGCCCGAGCUUAUGUUCCAGACUCUGAAGCAUCGGAUUGAGGAGUUUGCCGAUGAUGGUGGCAGCAGCAGCUUGGCGCUGGCUAAUGGCCUAGCUUGCUCUUUCAAUAACAUGCCUUACUUGGCCAGCGCCGCCUCUUGCAGCCUGACUGCUGCCGGGGCUGGCAAUGGCGGGUACUACUAUUGCAGUGAUGAGAGCUUUGCAUCGUCUGGCGAUGCUGUUGGUGCUGAGGACGAGCAGUGGUCUUAUUGCAUUGCUUGAGUUGCAUGUUUUUAGUUAAAUAAAUGUCAGUUUACAUCUCCCUGUUUGUUCUAGUUUGUGGUUGGGGUGGUGUUAUUAACUUCUUAGUUGGGAUCAGGUUGGUUCCUCUUUAUUACUAAGGUGUUCAUUUCUCUUUUUUGAAUUGGUGAUGAUGAACGAGGAUGUAUGAAGCAGGAAAUUUGAGUCUUUAGCAUGCUGUGUUGGGUAGUAGGGAGCUCAAAAUUCCCAGCUUGUUCUAUGUAAUUGUUGAUUUUCAUUGCUAUCUUAAUCGACUAUGUUUCAAGAA